AUGAAGAAAGAGAAGCGUGGACGAGCUCGUCAGGCAAACCCCGCCAAUCAUGUACCAAAGCAAAAGAAGUCAAUGUUAUUGGAUGAGCUGGGUAACGCGCUAGUUGAUGAAAUUCACAAUACUUCCAGCUUGGAUAGACCGCUGAAUGUUCCCAACGGGUCUAUUAUUGACUACCUGCGGAGUCAUUCCCUCGUAACCUCGACGGGUUCCACUACUGAGACCAGCUCUAGUGCUAGUAACAGUUGCUCAUUAACUCGGACUGAUAGCACUGCGCUCACUAGCCCGGACGAUCACUCUGUCUCUGAUAUGACUAUCACGCCAUUGAUAGCCACAAAGAUACUUGUCGGUAGUAUAAUCCGCAGCAAAGAGUCUCUCCGCACCGGCCCCAACGCUCGCCAACCAGGCGAUGUCUGCUCGCUGGGUGACUUCUCCACAACCGCCGCUAUCCUGCGCCUGACAGGCCAGUACGGGCGCGUAGCACACAUGGGCAUCCUCGACCACAGCUACAGAUUCUUCGUGAACCAAGAACAAACAGCCGCACUAUCAUUCAGAGUACACAAUCGCGUCGCGAUUGUGGGUGGAGACCCGCUCUGUGAACGAAGUGCAACGUCAGAUCUGCUGGAUGGAUUCGCAAAAUACCGGAAACAACACGGAUGGGAUAUAGCUUUCAUGGGAGUCAGUGAGUCAUUUAUUCAGGAACAUGCUCAACCAAGAGGAUGGAUGACCAUUCGUUUCGGCACUGAGCGUGUUCUCAACCCAUUGACAAACGACGUCCUUCACGAGAACAGCAGUAAACGCAUCGCUGUCCAGAACCGACAGUUACUUCAUCCGCAAAAGGGGAAGAUCACAAUGGGCGCUUAUGCCCCAGCAGUCCACGGAGUGCAAUCCCACCUCGAGGAAGAACUAGUCGCUAUUUACGACUCUUGGCGCGCCACGCGCAACGAAGCCGCCGGUCCACAGGCGUUCAUCACCGUAUACAACCCAUUCGCGCUACCUACUAUCAUGACUUUCGUGUAUAGCCGUGGGCCAGACGGUGCAAUCAAUGGCUUUGCAGCAAUACGCCGUCUCGGCUCUGGUGGCUACCAUAUUGAUCCAUACAUUGCGGCCCCAGGCAGUCCAAAGGGAAUCAGCGAUCUGCUUAUCGUCGGCGCCAUGGCUCUCCUCCAUCAAGCAGGGGUCUCAUAUUUAGGCUUUGGAUUCGAACCUGUGUCGACACUCUCACUCGAGGAUAUCACCGGCAUACGAGGCCCUUUCGCAGGCAUCACACGCAACUUGUACGAACAUGCCUGCCAGCGGCUUCCGAUCCACGGCAAGAAAGCAUAUCACGACAAGUUCCGGCCUGAUUCUCCCCAAGACUCCGGACUUUUUCUCGCUUUUCCUACCAGUAUUCCCAAGCCACGGUAUAUGCUUGCUAUGAUGCAUAUGGCUAAUGUUAGCUUGCGCAAAGUGGUUUGGGCUGAUCUACGGUCUCGGGUGGCGACUCGCAAGUCAAAAUCAAAGAUCGUGCCUGAUUUAUCCAAAGACCCGGAGAAGAAAGUUCCUGUGGAUGUGGAGAAGUAA